AUGUUUAAAGAUAGCAAAGCGAUUCAAGCUGGAAUUGAAAGAGAUAAAGAAUUUAAAGAUAAAUGUGCCAGAAACAGCCUAGAUAUAAUAAAAGGCACAAAGUCUUCCUAUAGAUUAUACACUAAAGAUGAAGUAAUAUGUAUUGCUACUGCAGCAAGUGGAUUUACUUGGGAUUACCAAUUAUAGAGUCAUUUUUGGAUGUUAUGUUAAAUAGAAAAUUCACUCUUUGGGAAAAAGUUAUACAAAUGCGUUGAUGUCUGGUGGUUUAAUCCAAAAUGGAGAAUUGAAAAAAUACCACCCGGCGUUUAUCAUGUGUACCUCCGCCACGGAAAUAAAAAUAUUUCGGUUUAAUAUAGAUUUUCUCACUACUAGGGAGUCGGUUUCAAAGCUGAUCAAAGUGAAUUACCAUCCUCAAUAGUUAAUAUACCAUUUGAUAAAAAUUAAAAUCGGCUUAUUAAUACUUAUGUAGCAACACUCGACCUUUCAGAAGCAGAAGGUUUAACAAAUAUAGUUUUCGAACUAUUUUCAUAAAUAAACCUUAUCAGGAAUUACUUAGUUGAAGGGUCAAUUCUUGUACCAGUUUAAUCGUUAGAAUAACUUCCAAAUUUUUACUUCAAAUUAGAAGUUGACACUAGUCUUGUAGAUAUUGAUUGGGAUUAAAAAGUACAAGAAAUAUAAUAUGUGAUUCCAAAAAUUCAUCAAAAUAAGAAUGAAGAUAAUGAAAAGGAUCCUUCAGAUUAAGAAAAAGUUGAAUUUGAUGAUAUGAUUGCCAAAGAAUCUAAUAAAGCUAUAGUUGAAAGACUGAAAGAUAUGUACACAGAAACAUGGGAAAAGUUCGAUGAGAAUAGAAACGGCUAUCUUGAUAAAUAGGAAUUCAGGAAUUGCUUGAAAGAACUAUUUGGUAAGCUUAAGUACCCUAUUGAUGAAGCCAAAGUAGAGUAGUAUUUCAAGAAGUCUGACACCUAUUAAUCAGGUCAAAUCUCUAAAUCACAAAUUCACUGGCUAUUUGAAUAGAUCAUCACAUUAUUAAUGAAGAAAGAGGAACAAUAGAAAGAGCAAGAAAAAAUCAAUAAAAAAGAACUGGAACUCAAAGCUUAGAAUGAUAGCACUCAUAGUUUGGAAGAUUAGUAUUAUGAUGGAAAGAUUAAAAUUAAGGGAAGUAUUAAGGUAUAAUGCGAAGGCAAAUAACUCCCUGCUCAUCAAGCUGAGAAUUUGAUUUAAAAAGAUGGUAAGUGGAGCAUCGAAGCUUGUGCUGAAGCUAGCAUCAUCAUUAAUUUUGAAGAAGAAAUUGAGUUUAUGGUAUUUGGUAUUAAAAGUGCAGAUGAUGCUCCAAAAAUGGAUCCUGCUUCUAUAAAACUUUCUGUUAUGAAGGGAGAACAAUUCGAAGUUAUUCUAUCAAAAGAUAAUCUGAUGUUUGAUGAGAGAUUUUAAAACAGAUUAUUCAAACCUAAUGAACAUGCGUUUUAGACUACACAAUUAAAGAUUGAUCUCUGUUCUGCUAUUGGUGAGGGAUUGUAAUUAUCCGAAAUUAUGCUUUACAAAUAAGUCAAAUGA